AUGGACGACGUGCCCAAGCGCAAGCGCGGCCGCCCGCCCAAGAAGGACGUGGCGGCGCGAGCCAAGGCAGAGGCGGAGAAGACGCUCAAGCAGCAGUUCCCCAUGUGGGGUUACGGCCUCCCCAUGCCGCUGCUGCCGGGCUUCCCGGGUAUGCUGCCGGGCAUGGGUAAUCCGGGCGCGGUCGUCAAGGACCACUCUGUUGAUGAGCACGUGAAGGACGAGGAUGUAGAUGGCGAGCGCCCCGCCAAGAUGGCCAAGAAGAAGCAGCGCGGAACGGGCAAGCCUCGGGGGCGACCUCGCACGCGCCCGCGCCCUGGUGAGAUCAUCCGCCGGGUAAAGCCGCUCCCUAUUGCGCCGGCCAACUAUUCGGUCAUGUACAACUAUUCCCUCUCGAACCUGGCGCAGAAGAGUGCCGAGCUCAAUGCAGACGGAACUGCGGCUGAUACGGAAGCCACGACCGUCACGGAGGACGCACAGGAUGAGAACCGACUGGCGCCGCUGAGCGCCUCGCUGCUGUCUGGAGAGCACGAGUAAGAUCCUCCAGCCUCUAUCAAGUUCAUCUAUCUGAUAAUUCGCAGCGUCGGCCACCGUGCGUUCGAGUACCGGUAGCAAGCGCUUUUAACAUUGCGUUCGUGUUCACCGUCG